AAAAACUUCCACAAAUUAAUACAAAACUAUUUUAUUUUUUUUGGUAACUAUAUGGCUUCUAAGCCCUCUUCUCUUAUUUUUCUCAUUCUUGUGUUUGUCUCAAUAACUCUCACACUCUUUGUACUUUCAAUGAAGCCAAAAAGAGUCACCAACAACAUAUUCCAAUUGGACAAAAGAAAACCAACUUGGUUUAAUGUCAUAGAAAAAAACAUUGAUUACAAGAGGAUUAAGGUAGGUGUAGUUAAUAUUAAUCCAAGAUUGGAUUUUGAUGAUAUUAGUGUCUACGAACAACUAGAGGCACUUUAUCCACAAGUAGAGUAUGUGUCUAUUGAUUUUGAUCAUGUUGAUGAGAAUUUGAAAUGGAAAGACUUAUUCCCAACAUGGAUUGAUGAAGAUGAAAAAUAUGGUCAUCCAAAGUGCAUAGAUUUACCAAUGCCAAUUUGGGAGAGUUAUAGAGAUGUCAAUGUGAUAGUUGCAAAAGUUCCAUGUGGGAAAGGGAAUAAGGAUGUUUUUAUGUUGCAAGUUAAUUUAGUGGUGGCUAAUUUGGCUGUCGAAAGUGGAUGGGUUAUGGAAUUUGAUUCUUAUGAACCUGUUUAUGUUGUGUUUGUUGGAUCAUGUAGUCCUAUGGUUGAUAUUUUUAGAUGUGAUGAUUUAUUGUUUCAUGAAUCAAAUGAGUUUUGGGUGUAUAAGCCUGAUUUGGUGAGCCUUAGACAGAAAAUGCUUAUGCCUUUUGGUACUUGUCAACUUGCUCCAAGUUAUGCUGAAAAAGGUAACGAGGUGUGGAGAGUCUCUUAUAUAUCACAAUCACCAACAACAUUGAAAUACAAUUACACCAUACAUGUCCCAAAACUAGCUUAUGUGACAGUUCUUCACUCAUCGGAAGCUUAUGUUUGCGGCGCAAUAGCUCUAGCACAAAGCAUCCUUAGAACCAAUAAAAAUGACACUCUUCAAUUCAGCAACAUAAGUUACACAAGAGACCUAAUCCUCCUUGCGGACAAAUCAAUUGGUCACAAAUCCAUAAAGGGUCUAAAAUCCGCAGGAUGGAAGAUCAAACGCAUUCAACGAAUUGUAAAUCCGUUCGCUCAAAAGGGUACAUAUAACGAGUGGAACUAUAGCAAGCUACGUAUAUGGCAACUCACAAUGUAUGACAAAAUCAUCUUCCUAGAUUCAGAUCUUCUAGUCCUAAAAAACAUUGAUCAUUUCUUCUCGUACCCUCAAUUAUCGGCUGCACCUAAUGAUUUUACACUUUUCAAUUCGGGUUUAAUGGUCAUUGAGCCUUCGAUGUGCAUGUUUGAGGAGUUGAUGAACACGACUUUGAAUGUGAAAUCAUGUAAUGGAGGUGACCAAGGUUUUUUGAAUGAGGUAUUCACUUGGUGGCAUAGGUUGCCAACAAAGGUUAACUAUUUAAAAAGUUUUGAAGUGAAUAAUAACAAUAAUAAUAAUGAGGUUAUCCUAGAGGAUUUAUAUGUGAUGCGUUACUUGGGUUUGAAGCCAUGGAUGUGUUAUAGAGAUUAUGAUUGUAAUUGGGAUAUGAAGGAACUACAUGUUUUUGCAAGUGAUUUGGCUCACAAAAUGUGGUGGAAGGUUUAUGAUACUAUGCCACAAGAGUUGCAAGGUUAUUGUGGGCUUACACAAAAGAUGGAUGAUAGGAUAAUGCAAAGGAGAAAAAGAGCAAGAAAUGCUAAUUUGACAGAUGAGCAUUGGAACAUUGAGAUUAAGGAUCAUAGAAGAAAGCAUUAUCGAUCAUGAUCUGAAUUAGAACUUAGAAGCCUAAUUAUAUAGGGUCAUUUUAUGACCAAACUUGUUGUUUUUGGCAAGAAAUUUAACAUUGUGGUGAGAUAUUAAUGUAUUGCACACUUAUUUAAAGUUUU